AUGAUGGGGAAGCUCCGCCGUCGAGCAUCCCAAAAGCCCGGCACUCUAGCAAACGAGGAGGCUGAGAAAGUAUCUAGCUUGGCUGAGGUAUGCGUAAGCUCUGCAUCAUACAUAGCGGAUAUAUGCCGAAAGAUGCAAGUCGGCGGCUUUGCGUUCGGAAACUUAUGCUAUGUCAAGGCAUGGGUCUUCGGUGCUGGUCUGGUCCUCGGCUUCACUCUGUUUGCAGGCGAGCCCAGAGGAGAUUUGCAAGAUGCGUUUAUGGGCGCCCGUGCUGUCUUGCAGCAAAUUGGUCGCUUCAGCCCGCAAGCGAAACUAUAUUACGAGAUCCUGUCCGAGUUUUCCGACGCAAUAUCUCACUAUCGAAUGCGUAUGUCCCGCCAAACUCGUCGUGCUGUGGAUCAGUAUAUCGAUCAGAUCCUCGUCAUCGAUUCAGCGGGUAAUAGCACAAGCCAGAAGCGUGAAGCACCUUCAGGUGACGGCAGCCAGCCCUUACUUUAUCCCAGCCCGUCAGGGUCAAAGGACGACAACGAUGCUCACCAUGCCCACCAGGACAGCAUGGCAGUAGAUUCGAUGUUGGAGAAUACUGGUAAUAUGGAUCUUGGUCAUGGUCAUUCUGACGAGAUUGACCUCAUGGGCGAAUUUCAGGGGUGGGACGACAUGGCAUUACAGCUUUCCGAGAAUUUCUCCUUCACUUAUGAGCCCUUUGAAGGCUUCUUCGUGUGA